CAGCCCAGGGGUCCUUCGUGUCUGUUAGCCUAGCAGUUAGCCUAGCAGCUACACAUCAACAACAGUCCGUUUGUUCGUGGCCCCUUUGCCGCCUGUGCGAUAGCCCGCUAGUCUCGGGAGGUCGUGGCCCGUUUUAGACCCUCCGGUGGGGGUUCGGACCCGUGUCAGCUGUUUGCUUUGGCCCGGGUGAACAUGUGGGGCAGCGGCCGCCGUGUCCUUCAGGAGCUGCUCGCACACGCGUCUGCCAGACGUUUCUCCGGGACACCUGCUCAGCGCACCGUGGUGGUGGAGCGAUGGUGGCAGGUUCCUUUGUCCAAAGUCGGCAGUCCGCCCAGACUUUACCCUCGAAGACACCGAGUCUACAGGCUGGUGGAAGACACCAAACACGCUCCUAAGGAGAAGAUGGAGCUCAUCCUGACCCAGACCGUACCAAAACUGGGCGGACGUGGAGACACGGUGUUUGUGAGGAAGUCUGUUGGCCGGAACAAGCUGCUGGCAGAAGGUCUGGCGGUGUAUCCGUCUCCGGAAAACAAGAAGCUGUUCGCCGAGGAGCUGCGGCUUCUGUACGAGGGGAGACCAGAGGACAGAACCCAGACCCGCACGGGACAAAUGACGGUGGAGUUUCUGAAACGCUGCAAACUGAACAUACGGCAGAUGCCGUCGGAGGACUUCCAGCUCACCAAAGAGGUGGUGUGCAGACAGUUUCUGAAGCAGCUGGGAGUGGUCGUGCCGCCUGGAGCGCUCACUCUGCCGUUGGAGCCCAUUAAGGAGCUGGGGGACUACUGGUGUGACGUCACGGUCAAUGGUUUGGACACGGCCCGUGUUCCCAUGGCGCUGCUGCCCUACGAGGACCCGUCUGCGGCCUCCCAGCGGGAGCUGAAGGCCAGGAGGGGGUCCGCUGAAGAGGAGGAGGUUCCUCCUGACUCUGAGGGUCAAACCCGGCCAGUCCAAGACGUAGCAGAACCGCUAACGGAAGGUCCGGAUGAAAGGUCAAAGUAGAACGGAGCAGCCAUCGGCCCAGCAGCUGGGUCCUACUUAAAGCUGAUGGGCCGCAGCCGUCUGCUGGGCGGCAGCCGUCUGCUGGGCGGCAGCAGCCGUCUGCUCGGCGGCAGCGGCCGUCUGCUGGGCGGCAGCGGCCGUCUGCUGGGCGGCAGCGGCCGUCUGCUCGGUUCUACUCGCGGAGCAUGAACUCUAGAAUCGGUAACCUGCCGUGUUCUGUAAUGUGGAAUCUAAAGUAAAUCUUUUCCUCCUUGGUUCA